UUUGCAGGGCCCUGUGAUGGAAUCAUUCCAAAUAUUGAGUUUCCUCCUCUUUGCAUUGCUGUCCUUUGGGGAAUGCUCAGACACCAACAAACAGAAGAAAGACGCAGCUUUUGAAAUCUAUAAGAAGCUUUUUGAGGUGAAGAGAAAGGAUCAGAUCAAUGCCCUCAAUAACCUGAUUGAACUAAACGAUGUCAACCAACAGUACAAGAUUAUUGAUAUCAUGCUAAAAGGACUUUUCAAGGUGUUGGAAGACUCCCGAGCUAUUCUCAUUGCAGCUGGAGUACAGCCUGAUGGUCCAUUCCCUGAAGAUGAGAAGAUUAAAGAUGCUUAUUCCCACACGGUGGAGAAUUCAGCAUUUUUUGGCGAUGUAGUCCUACGCUUCCCAAAAAUUGUUCACCAUUAUUUUGACCGGAAUUCUAAUUGGAACAACCUCAUUCGGUGGGGAAUUGGUUUCUGCAAUCUGAGUGAAAUCUUCAAUGACGGUCCACAUUCCCAGCUUCUUGACUUGAUGUCUCAAGAGUUGGGCAUUAGUGAAAAAUCUCCUGAUUAUCGAAAUCCUUUCAAAACUGACAAUAUGGAG